GAGCCGCGGAGCCGCGCCCGAGAGCCCCAUGGCUGUGCCGCGCGCCGCAGCCCCGCGCCCGCCCGCGCUCCUGCCGCCGCCGCCGCCGCCGCUGCUGCUGCUGCCGCUGCUGCCGCUGCUGCUGCUGCCCGCGCCCGGCCGGGCGGUUGGCCGCUCUCUGGAACUGGCGUUUGCUCUGGAGCCACGCGACGAUGUUGCCAUGGCCGGGCAGCCUGUGCUGCUGGACUGUGUGGUGGAAGGCAGCCCUCCUGUUCGCAUCAGCUGGAGGAAGAAUGGGGUGGAGCUUCCCGAGAGCGCCCAUGCCUGGGUGAUGGCCAACGGCUCCCUGGUGAUCCCUCACUUCCGGCUGGAUGGGACAGGCAGCGUUUCCGAUGAGGGGGACUAUGAGUGUGUGGCUCAGAACCGCUUCGGGCUGGUGGUCAGCCGGAAAGCUCGCAUCCAGGCUGCCAGCAUGUCCGACUUCCACGUGCACCCGCAGGCCACCAAGGGCGAGGAGGGUGGUGUGGCCCGAUUCCAGUGCCAAAUCCACGGGCUUCCCAAACCCCGGAUCACUUGGGAAAAGAACCGAGUCCCCAUCGACACAGAAAAUGAGAGGUACACUCUGCUGCCCAGGGGGGUUCUGCAGAUCACGGGCCUGCGGGCCGAGGACAGCGGCGUCUUCCACUGCGUGGCCUCCAACAUCGCCAGUGUCCGCGUCAGCCGCGGGGCCCGGCUGACGGUGUCCGGCUCUGGCUCCGGGGCCUACAAGGAGCCAACGAUCCUCGUCGGGCCUGAGAACCUCACCCUGACCGUGCACCAGACCGCCGUGCUGGAGUGCGUCGCCACCGGCAACCCCCGGCCCAUUGUGUCCUGGAGCCGCCUGGAUGGCCGCCCCAUCGGGGUGGAGGGCAUCCAGGUGCUGGGCACCGGCAACCUCAUCAUCUCCGACGUGACGGUGCAGCACUCGGGCGUGUACGUGUGCGCUGCCAACAGGCCGGGCACGCGCGUGCGCAGGACAGCACAGGGGCGCCUGGUGGUGCAAGCCCCCGCAGAGUUCGUCCAGCACCCCCAGUCCAUCUCCAGGCCAGCUGGGACCACCGCUAUGUUCACCUGCCAGGCGCAGGGGGAGCCGCCCCCGCACGUCACCUGGCUGAAGAAUGGACAAGUGCUGGGGCCCGGAGGCCACGUCAGACUCAAGAAUAACAACAGCACCCUCACCAUCUCUGGGAUCGGCCCUGAGGACGAGGCCAUCUACCAGUGCGUGGCGGAGAACAGCGCGGGCUCCUCCCAGGCCAGUGCCCGGCUGACUGUGCUGUGGGCCGAGGGGCUGCCUGGGCCCCCCCUCAACGUGCAGGCCGUGUCGGUGUCGUCCACCGAGGUGCGCGUGUCCUGGACGGAGCCCCUGGUCCACACCAAGGAGAUCAUAGGCUACGUCCUGCACAUCCGCAGGGCUGCCGACCCACCGGAGCUGGAGUACCAGGAAGCAGUGAGCAAGAGCACUUUCCAGCACCUGGUGAGCGACCUGGAGCCGUCCACGGCCUACAGCUUCUACAUCAAGGCCUACACGCCCAGGGGGGCCAGCUCGGCGUCCCCGCCCACGCUGGCCAGCACGCUGGGGGAAGCGCCGGCUCCGCCCCCGCUGUCCGUGCGCGUGCUGGGCAGCGACUCCCUGCAGCUGCUGUGGGACGCCUGGCCCCGGCUGGCCCAGCUCCAGGGAGGCUUCAAGCUCUUCUACCGGCCGGCCAGCAAGGCGGCCUUCAGCGGGCCCAUCCUGCUGCCCGGCACCGCGUCCUCCUACAACCUGACCCAGCUGGACCCCAGCGCCGUGUACGAGGUGAAGCUGCUCGCCUAUAACCAGCACGGGGACGGCAAUGCCACUGUCCACUUCGUGUCUCUCAGGGGCGCCUCUGAGAGGACAGCCCUGAGCCCGCCCUGUGACUGCCGGAAGGAGGAAGCGGGUACCCCGACCUCCACCACCAGCAUCGUGAUCGGCAUCCACAUCGGGGUCACCUGCAUCGUCCUCUGCGUCCUCUUCCUGCUGUUCGGCCAGAGGGGCAGGGUCCUCUUGUGCAAGGACGUGGAGAACCAGCUGUCCCCGCCCCAGCCCCGGAGCCAGAGGGAGCCUGGUCUCCUGGCGCUGGACGCCGGGGGCCGCGGCCAGAAGCCCGCGCACACCAAGGAGCUGGGCCAGCUGCCCCCGCCCGCAGGGGCCCCAGGACCCCCAGAGCCCAGCCCCAGUGGCCCGGUCCGGUGCGAGGAGACGCCCCUGUCCAGGCCGCUGCCGCGGGGCUUCCCUGAGGAGGGGGCCACCGCGACCCCCUGCGCAGGCCUGGCGGGUGCCCCUGCCGCCCCCUCGGCGCCCUCUGGACAGUAGCGCGUGGCCGCGCCGUGGGGACACCCGAUUCUCAGGUUAAGGGCGACACCUGUCCAUCUCGUGGGCCCCUUGGGUCUUCCAGCGCCGCAGCCUGGCUGGCCUCAGGUGGUUGGGAUGUGAAAUCGCCUCGUGGGGACCCCCCUGGACCUAAGGGGACCCCCCCCCAGACUGCCCGCCCCGAAGCCCCAACCCCGGCUAACGUCCCCUUACGGAUACCUGGUGCCACUCGACUUGGAACUGAAGUAACAUUUUCCUUUUGCAAAAAAAAAAAAAAACAGACUUAAAGAGCCCAAGUGAGGCAGUCAAGGCCCAGGUCCAGGGGUCCCAGCCAGGGUCCCCCCUCCUGACCCGCAUCGGCCCUCAGGCCUGCCACCUGGCGGGCCCGCACCUACCUCAGCCGGAAUGAAUGUCCCCCGCAGCCCCCGCAAUCCUACCUCAAGGCCCCGUGAGGGCUUCUCCAGCCCCUCCCCUCCCCCACGCGUCUGGUGUAAAAAGAAGAGACACCGCGCCCCGUGUGCAGGGGUGAAGAAACCUCUACCUCAGGGCUCGCUGCUGCGGCCUGCGUCACCCUCCUCCCUGUCCACGGAAAGUGAAGACAGAAUCAGUCAAAGAAGACGAGAAAAAGCCAAAAAAUGAGAGCACGCUUCGCUUGUCGCUCUGAUCCAGCCGGCUCGGGCUCCCCUUCCAGCCGCCCGCCCUCUGCCCGCCCCGUCCACCCACCCACCCGCUCCCACCCACCACCUCAGCCCCUCGUCCUGGCUGGAACGCCCCACGCUGCUCUCUCCUGUCCCCCCAGACUUGGCCCCUGAGGUCUCUGGCCCCGAGAAGGCCCUGCGUGCGCCCCCGCGGGCUGACCUCAGCAGGCAGGGCUGAAGCUAUUUUUAUAUGUGAGGUGUUGCAAAGGCCUUCUUUGCUGAUGCUUCUCUUUUCUGUUACGUUGUUCUUUGAAAUACUUAAAAAAGAAAAAAAAAACAAGGAAAACAAAUACCUAUUUUUACUUACACCCAGAAACUUUUUUUUUUUAAGAAGGAAAAUUUUUUAAAAGAAAAAAAAAAGAGAUAAAUGUAUAUUCCUGAAGUCUGAGACAGACCCUAAAGCACCCCCCAGCCCCCAAACUCCUCAGACCCCCAUCCUGACAUUAGCCGCUUUGCUAAUGGGAUUUUUUAUUUUCUAGAAGGUCCCUGUGGAUUCAGAGGCCUGUGCCCCGGGGCUCCCCGAAUUCCCAGGUGGCGCCCCCUCUUGCAGUGGCUUGUCUGCACCCCUUACCCUAGAACCUGUCCCUUAGCGAGAAGCCUAGGAGAAGUCGUGUCCCCUGGCCCGUCACUGCUCAUCUGACUGAGAGUCCUAUUGCCAAAGUAACCCUGAGUUUGGGUGGGGGCAAUGCUGUGUGUGCCAGGUCCCCCAGUGGCCAGCACCCCUCACCCCCCACCCUUUGUGAAGCCAAGCUGGUAAAGGACCCGAUGGAGGAAGGAACAGCCCAGGUCACACUCUGGCUGUGGCGGGGUCAGAGUUCACACCUAGUUCAGGCUGCCCGGCUUGUCCCCAUGUCCUGGGCUGGGGGUCUGAAACCACGCACUCAGCUCCGUGGUGGGUGCUGUCUGACCUUGCUGAGCCCGGCCCCGCCUACAGGAAUGUCCCUCCCCUCGCUACGGAGCCUGCUGUGACUUGACUGGACUCCCCUCCUUGCCUCCUAUGCCGGCCCCCUGCGGCCAGUCUAGGAGAAGACAUCAGGGGAAACUUGAGAGGUCACAGCCCUGGCAAAGAUCUGGGCGUCUCGGGGGACUUCGUGCUCAGGAAGAGGUGGUCACGUCUGCAGCUGCCUGGACCAGCCGUGUCCUCUGUGACCAGUGCCCCUGAGGGCCAGCGGCUCUCCCAGAAGCACACUGGGUUCCCCGGGUGUGACUCGAGUGCGGGAAUCUCUCCUGCCCAGAGCUGUGGCACUUCCAUAUGUGAGACCUUCUGUGGAGUUUUCCUUUGCAUACUUCUCAAAGAACAGUCGAGAAUUCCCUCCUGGAGGAGGGUUGGGGGUGGGCAGGACUGAGGCAGGCCGGAAAUGGGGAAAUACGAGGUGGGACGUGGCCCGGCUUCCUGUAGCCGUUGACUUGCCUGAUUUUCCCAAAGGCAAAGACUCAACCCAGACAUGAUGCUUCCUCUCUUUCCAUCUGAAUCACUCUUAGCAGUGCUCAAGGGACCAUAUGUGAUGCCAGAGAUCGAACCCAGGUCUGCCGCAUGCAAGGCAGGUGCCGACCCUCUGUACCAUCGCUCCUGCCUCUAUGUCUCCUUCCUUCCUUCCUUCCUCCCGCCUUCCCGCCUUCCUCCUUCCCUUCUUCCUUCCUUCCUCCCUCCCACGUUCUUCCUUCCCUUCAGAGGAUGGCAAGACUCUAAGAUGGGGACCGACGCAGUAGCCAGAGAAAUGCUACAGGGGCCAAGGCACUUGCCCAGCACGCUGUUGAUCCCAGUGUAGCCCACAGCCCCCCAGGUCUCCUGAGCCCCACAAGAGUGAUCCCUGAGCCAGGAUUAAGAUCUGAGGACUGCUGGGUGUGCCAGACCCCCAAUAAAUAAAAAUAAAUAAAACAUUCAAACAGUC